UGAGCAGUGUGCAUCUGGCUCUUCCAAACGAUCUAUGGGUUUUUAUGCCCAACAACAGAUCCACUAAUCGGAUCGCGGUCACAUGUCAAGGUGAUUUAUGAAUAUCAUGAGCCAACUUGGCAUGUGAUCGUGCUUUGCAGGGAAGGCAUUUGUGCUGGAAAACAAAUACGAUGAUUUUGGGUUUCUAAAUAUAUUCCAUUUUUAUAUAUUACUUCUUUUUCUUUUGUUUCAUUAGUGGAAAUAUAAAGGGAAAUUUCAACGUCGGUUGUCAUCGACGGUUGCGGAGAGUUGGCGAAAUUUGGACAUUGCGCUGCCACUCGGUAAAAAAUGGACGUCGACAGAUGUUUAGGUUUCUAUAAGUGCUAAUGCGGUUAUUCCAGUCUGUGGAGCACUGCGGUUUCGAUUUGCGACCUCUCUCACUUGCCAAUUUCAAAGACGAGUGCCUCAUGUUUGCGAAUUUCAGUACUGUACGCAUGAGUUCUGGAGCUUCGGGGUGGCUCUUCCGAGUGUGACAAGCAACGUUGGUUAGUACUUGAAAAUUAGGGCUAAGGGUUUGCGGGAUUUGUUGGGUGCCGGACGAACGAUUUCGUGGGAAAGAUGUUGCCGAGUAGCGUGCUGGAGGGUGCGUGCUCAAUUCCGACCUUGUUUCGUGACUCCUGUUGUGGAUUGCCCUCGCUUCACGUCUUCGAUCGGCGACUCUGCAGCCCAUCGGUGAGGGUGCCAAGCAGGAGUGGUUGGCAGUCUGGGACGAUUCGGGCAGUGAUUUCUGAACCUUCCGCUAGUGACAACGCCGGAGAGAGUGCGGCAGAUUUUGUUAAGAGGGCGGAACGAGCGUGGAUGAUAUCUAAGCAACCGCGCCCACUAAAAUGCACAUCGUGUGAAGCAAGUGGAAGCAAGGAAUGCGUCUGGUGUAAGGGUACAGGUUUCUUCAUUCUUGGUGAUUCUAUGCUCUGCGAAGUGCCUUCACGCAACACCACUUGUGUCAUUUGUGCUGGCCAGGGAGCUAUUCCUUGUAAAGACUGUAAGGGCACAGGCUUCCGGGCACAGUGGUUGGGACCACCUCCAGUCGAAGGCCACAAGGACGGUGGAGCGGAUUCCCCUCAACCUUGAUUAUCUAAUCACUUGUAAAAUUUUCGUCUCGUUGGGGUUUGAGCAUCUGCUAGGAUUGGUCCCAAGCGAAAUGACAACCGCUCAUGGAUCGAGAAGUUGGAUGGGCUCUGCCAGAGGCUUGUCUAUUUUCUCAGGACAAGGUUCAGAUCCACGUUUCCGCAAUACUCCUCUUUAGAUAAAUUGAUUGGUGAACGGGACGGUCACAAAUAUGCAUUCAAUUAUUGGUUUAGGGUUUAGUCGAGCUCAAAAUUUCCGUCGUGGGCGUGGAUCGUCUCAAAUGGUGUCGCUAUUUCAUGCUUCCCGAUGGUAUGUAUGUACUAUAUUUAUUUACAGCUUGUCAUGAAGAGCCAGAUUGUACAAGAGCAAACUACUACCUGGGCUUUUGAUGUCUUGAAGCUGUGGAAUUGGUGUAUAGAUUGGCUAUGAGUAAAUGUUUUUUUCUGAUUGGAA